AUGCAGGCUCAGUCGUCGUCGUCGACGUUGCGUCGACACCCCGUGUUCGUUCCCGGCUUCAUCAACACGCUCCGACACCCGGAAGAGAGGCAGUUCGCCACCGAAUGGCACGAGCUCGAACAAUUUGUACUGCACACCGAUCCGGAUGGUGACGGUGGCGAUGGAAGCGAUGUCGAGCAGCCGCUGCAUGACGCGCGAUCGACCGUGCCACCACGACUGCCAGAGCAAGCCCCGGCCGGUGCAAGGGUGGGUACCACCAUCAGACCACCCUCGUCACCACCAGCCAAGCGGAGGAGAGUCGAGCGCGGCAUCACUGCCGAGCUCAAGAGUGAUCGUCAUCAACCCGUGUCGCCCUCGGACGAGCGAGGUCUGGCUGAGACGAGCAAGCCGCAGCUAGCAUCCCCUGUGCCCAAGUCAUCGCAAACGAGCGAUGAAGCAUCGACGAUCACGAAGGGUAGGCUCUUCAAUACCAAGACGACCAACAUGAGCCCACCCAAGAGAUUGAGCCGCCAACUCGCGGCGGCCAGCGUCUCAUCAGAGGCGUCUACGUCUGGCGAACCCCUUAUACGUGCGCCCGGGGUGAAUCCGACCGACGCCAGCGACUCCGCGUCGGCACCACGGCCGGCACCAGCCACAGGACCACCCCAACUGCGACGCAAGGGACCCCACCAGUCGAUCCCUCCUCCUCCUCCCCCUCCCCCUCCCCGUCCCCGUCCCACGCAAGCGCCCUGCCCCGCUCAGGCCCCAGAACCGGGGCCGAAAAAGAAAGGGGCCAAGGCGAAACCUCGCCCCUCACUCGAGCAAGCGCACACGAACACGCUCAAAAUCAGCGAUCACCAGAAACUCGCCAAAAAUUUCCCCACCAUCACCGCCUACCUCGACUACCUCGAAGAACACGACCUGAUGAAACCGGGCGACCAACCUUUGCUCGGUUGUCGCAUCGCGUUCGUCAAUCCGUACCCUGCGUCGGGUGCCUCGAGCAGAGGCUUGCGGAAUCGCAUCGAUAUGCAACUCCAAAGGUGGAUGGGUCGCGUCAGGAUACAGGGUGCGACCUUGGUGCGACCCGAGCACUUUGUCGCCUCGCCCCCCGAUGCGCCUUUGAUCGAAUCUGAAGAAUCGAGGGCACUGGCGGCCAGUCAUGGUUGGACGACGCACGUCAUCCCUCUGUACCUGUCGGGGCGCGGCGAGGUCACGUUCCAGAGCGUGCUCGCCAUGUUAGGCCCAAGUGGGGUCGCCAUCGAGGAGUUAGGACCGGUCGUCAAGGUCGUCGGCAACGAUUGGAUUGAACAGAGUAUCAAGGCGGGGCGACCGCUGCCGUACUGGGAUCGAUUCCACGUCGGUGAUACGAGACCCGUGGUGUGGAGUGACACGAGGACCAUAGUUCCUUUGAGACGGAGCGAGGCCGAGAUCGGUGCCCAUCCGAGACGAGGGGAGGACAGUGCUGCGGCGCCCGAGCAAGUGGAGGAGAUUGAAGUCGAUGUGGGCCCAGAUACAAGUGGCAGAGGAAGCAACAGAACCCAUGACGAGGACCAGGGUGCCGGCGACCAGCGCCGACGUGCCACAUCGUGAGUUGCUGUCGUUUGAUGCUCGGGAGGAUCUUGCUGAUUCCUUAUCAUCGCCCAUCACGCGGCAGGCCCCUUAACGAGUCUGAUUUCCCAGCGGGUGAGCUUCGAAGUGGAUACGACUUUGAUCGUGCACGACUGGUGACACCGACGACUGUUUCGCCUUCGUCUGAUGCCGACCCAGCAGGCGAUCUCUCGAUCAACACCAGCGACCCGAUAACCGCGGCCGACUUGACCAUCCGCGGUUCGCCCCGACCAGAUUCGCCGAGGGCGCUGUUGGUGGCGGCGAAGAAGGCUGGCCGGCGCAAGUAA